AUGCCUCCGCCUUCCCGCUUGCUGGCCCUCCUCCGCGCCGCCGCCGCCGACCCGCCGCCGUUCCGCGUCCUUCUGAAGCUCCACGCGCACCUCCUCGUCUCCGGCGUCCUCUCCUCCCACUCCACCUCUCCCUUCAGCGACCGCCUCGUCGCCGCCUUUGCCCUCUCCGACCCCGCCUCCCCGCGCCCGCUUCUCCACGCGCUUGCCAUUCUCGCUUCCCUCCCGUCCCCGCCGGACUCUGCAUCCCCCUACAAUGCCGCCUUCCGCGCGCUCUCCCUCUGCCCGCAUCCGCACCUCGUGGACCGCCACUGCCUCCCGCUCUACCGCGCCCUCCUCCGCUCCGGUUCCGCGCGCCCCGAUCACCUCACCUUCCCAUUCCUGCUCAAGGCCUGCGCGUGCCUGCAGUACAGGUCGUACGGUGCCGCGGUUCUUGGACAUGUGCAGAAACUGGGGUUCAGCGCUGACGUCUUCGUGGUGAACGCCGCGUUGCAUUUCUGGUCUGUUUGUGGGUCCAUGGUUUUUGCCCGCAGGUUGUUCGAUGAAAGUCCCGCCAGGGACGUGGUCUCCUGGAACACACUGAUUGGUGGGUACGUGAGGAGUGGCCUCCCGCGGGAGGCGCUAGAGUUGUUUUGGAGGUUGGCGGAAGAUGACAAGGCAGUGAGGCCUGACGAGGUCACGAUGAUCGGGGCAGUGUCGGGAUGUGCACAGAUGGGGGAUUUGGAGCUCGGGAAGAGGCUGCAUGAGUUUGUGGACAGUAAAGGGGUGAGGUGCACGGUGAGGCUGAUGAAUGCGGUGAUGGAUAUGUAUGUCAAGUGUGGCAGUUUAGAGCUAGCAAAGUCGGUGUUUGAAAGGAUCAACAACAGAACUGUUGUUUCCUGGACAACCAUGAUCGUGGGGCAUGCGAGGCUGGGGUUGAUGGAGGAUGCACGGAUGCUGUUCGAUGAGAUGCCUGAAAGGGAUGUAUUCCCAUGGAAUGCUCUGAUGGCUGGUUAUGUUCAGAAUAAGCAGGGCAAGGAGGCUAUCGCGCUGUUUCAUGAGAUGCAGGAAUCAAAGGUGGAUCCUAAUGAGAUCACCAUGGUUAAUCUCCUAUCUGCUUGCUCGCAGCUUGGAGCAUUAGAAAUGGGGAUGUGGGUCCACCAUUACAUUGACAGACAUCAGCUUUAUCUUAGUGUUGCACUUGGCACAUCUCUAGUUGACAUGUACGCAAAGUGUGGCAACAUCAAGAAGGCGAUCUGUGUUUUCAAAGAAAUCCCAGAUAAAAAUGCACUCACAUGGACAGCAAUGAUAUGUGGUCUUGCAAAUCAUGGACAUGCUGAUGAGGCCAUAGAAUACUUUCAGAGAAUGAUAGAUCUUGGAUUGCAGCCAGAUGAGAUAACAUUUAUAGGGGUUCUGUCAGCUUGUUGCCAUGCUGGUUUGGUUAAAGAAGGUCGUCAAUUUUUCUCCCUAAUGCAUGAGAAAUACCACCUUGAGAGGAAAAUGAAACAUUAUUCAUGUAUGAUAGACUUGCUAGGCAGAGCAGGACAUUUAGAUGAAGCAGAACAGCUUGUAAACACCAUGCCUAUGAAUCCUGAUGCAGUAAUUUGGGGUGCUCUUUUCUUUGCUUGUAGGAUGCAUGGUAAUAUCACUCUUGGUGAGAAGGCAGCAAUGAAAUUGGUAGAACUUGACCCAAGUGAUAGUGGAAUCUACGUGUUAUUGGCUAACAUGUAUGCAGAGGCAAAUAUGAGGAAGAAGGCUGACAAAGUGAGGGUUAUGAUGAGGCACUUGGGAGUGGAGAAGGUUCCUGGAUGUAGUUGCAUUGAGCUGAACGGUGUGGUUCAUGAAUUUAUCGUGAAAGAUAAGUCCCAUUUGGACACUAAUGCAAUUUAUGACUGCUUACAUGGGAUUACAUUACAAAUGAAGCAUACUGCAAACCUGAUUGACAUUUCAGAAACUGGCAUCAUGUCACAUCUUUAG